AGAAAAGAUGUUGUCUCGGUUAAGAAUAGCUGCGUCCCCAUGCACACGGGCAUGCCGCCGUCACUUGAGCACAAAAGAGAAAGGCAAGCCACUUAUGUUGAACCCCAGAACAAAUAAGGGUAUGGCAUUUACAUUACAAGAACGACAAAUGCUUGGUCUUCAAGGACUUCUACCUCCCAAAAUAGAGACACAAGAUAUUCAAGCCUUAAGAUUCCAUAGAAAUGUUAAGAAAUUGAAUGGCCCUUUGGAAAAGUAUAUCUAUAUAAUGGGAGUACAAGAACGAAAUGAGAAAUUGUUUUAUAGAAUUCUGCAAGAUGAUAUUGAAACUUUAAUGCCAAUUGUAUACACACCAACAGUUGGUCUUGCUUGCUCCCAGUAUGGCCACAUCUUUAGAAGACCCCGGGGAUUAUUUAUUUCAAUCUCAGACAGAGGUCAUGUUAGAUCAAUUGUGGAUAACUGGCCAGAAAAUCAUGUUAAGGCUGUUGUGGUGACUGAUGGAGAGAGAAUUCUGGGUCUUGGAGAUCUGGGUGUCUAUGGAAUGGGAAUUCCAGUAGGAAAACUUUGCUUGUACACAGCUUGUGCAGGAAUACGACCUGAUAGAUGCCUGCCUGUUUGUAUUGACGUAGGAACUGAUAAUCCAGCACUCCUGAAAGAUCCAUUUUACAUGGGCUUAUAUCAGAAAAGAGAUCGAUCACAACGUUACGAUGAUCUAAUUGAUGAAUUUAUGAAAGCUAUUACUGACAGAUAUGGACAGAAUACCCUUAUUCAGUUUGAAGAUUUUGGAAAUCAUAAUGCAUUCAGGUUCUUAAGAAAAUAUCGAGAAAAAUAUUGUACCUUCAAUGAUGAUAUUCAAGGGACAGCUGCAGUAGCUCUAGCAGGACUUCUUGCAGCACAAAAAGUUAUUGGUAAACCAAUAUCAGACCAUAAAAUCUUAUUUCUUGGAGCAGGAGAGGCUGCUCUUGGAAUUGCAAAUCUUAUCGUUAUGGCUAUGGUAGAAAAUGGUGUCUCAGAAGAAGAUGCACAAAAGAAAAUUUGGAUGGUUGACAAGUUUGGUUUAUUAUUUAAGGGUCGGAAAGCUAAAAUUGAUAGUCAUCAGGAAGCAUUUGCUCAUCCAGCCCCAGAGAACAUACCUGAUACUUUCGAAGAUGCAGUAAAUAUACUUAAGCCCUCAGCUAUAAUUGGAGUUGCAGGAGCUGGCCCACUUUUCACUUCUGGUGUACUUAAAGCUAUGGCUGAUAUCAAUGAAAGACCUGUAAUAUUUGCAUUAAGUAAUCCUACAGCGAAAGCUGAAUGCACAGCUGAGGAAGCAUAUACACUUACAGAGGGAAGGUGUUUAUUUGCCAGUGGCAGUCCAUUUGGGCCAGUGAAACUCAGUGAUGGGCAGCUCUUCACGCCAGGUCAAGGAAACAAUGUAUAUAUUUUCCCAGGCGUGGCUCUAGCUGUUAUUCUUUGUAAUACCCGGCAUAUUAGUGACCAUGUUUUCCUAGAAGCUGCAAAGGCACUCACAAAUCAGUUGACAGAUAAAGAGCUAGCUCAAGGAAGACUUUACCCACCACUUGCUGAUAUUCAGGAAGUUUCUAUUAACAUUGCCAUCAAAGUUGCAGAAUACCUGUAUGCUAAUAAAAUGGCUUUCCGAUACCCAGAACCUGAGGACAAGGCCAAAUUCAUCAGAGAAAGAAUAUGGCGAAGUGAAUAUGAUUCACUGCUGCCGGAUGUAUAUGAAUGGCCAGAAUCUGCAUCCAACCCUCCACAGAUAACAGAAUAGAAGCACUCCCACUGAAAAAUACCUUCCAUGCUUCAGGGAACCCUUUUAUUUCAGGCACAAAGAGAUAAUGUUCUGAAAUGUAUUUUUCUUUGUUUUAUUCUCAUCUACGACUUUGCUUGAUUUAAUUUUUCCCAUUAAACUACAUGUCUUUAGGGGGUAAAUGUGUUGACUAUGUUAAUGCCCACCAGUGUUCUGAAAUCAAAUAACCAUAAUGCUUUGAUUCUGACUGAUAGUUCAUACCACCUCAAAGACAUGUUUAAAAUGUAUUUGUGAAAAUCUUCAUUUAUGCUCUUGUUCACGCCUGCCAAAGUAUUAGCUAUUUACUCUUAUAGGUCCUACUCUUCAGUCACCCAUCUCUUUUAGGGCUAAUAAAAUGGAAAUUUACUUCCUGUUGAUUGGAAUACAAGAUUUUAAGAAGUCAGAUUUAACCAAAUUCUAAAGACAAAUUAUCAGUAUCUUAAAAUGCUUUUUUAUAUCUCUUUCAUUUUGCCUUCAUGCUCUAAAAUUCCUUUAGAUCUAGAGAAGUAUAAAAAAUUCUACCCUAUUUAUUUUCAGGAACUAAAUUGAAAUUUAACUAUAGCAUUUUAAGAGAGAAAUGGGAACUACUGCUGCCUUUAGACAAAAUAGUCUUGUUUUCAAUGGUGUAUAAAAAUCAUAGUGUAAUAUUUAAUAAAGGUAAUAUCUUAAAUUUAAGCGCUUCAAUUAUGCUAUUUUAUUAUCCAAAUAGAAAUUUAGGUUUACUUAGUGUGAACAAUGGAUCCAUUUUCUUUAUGUGUAGAUACAAGGGAAGGGAUAUAGGAUACAUAAUGCAUAAAUUAAAUUAUGACUGGCAUCAUGUGACUUUUAAUAAAUUAGUGAUAUGUUUCACAUCUAAAUGAGUUAUAUUUAACUGGAAAGGCUAUACCCCUAUUUAAUAGGGGUGUUUUUUUAUUACUUGAGAUACUUUUGGAAUGUUCCUGUGAUACAUUUCUUUGAAUAUUAUUAAUCAUGAUAUCUCUUUAUUCAUUGAAGAUAGAUUUAACUUUUUAAAACCACCAGCUUCUUAGAGCUAAAUAGGUUUAAAUAAUAAGGUUUCCAGGCCAAGAAAUGUCAUUUUUACCCCAUUUAGAAUGGGUAAAUAACUAGUGAGACCAGUUUUCUUACAUGGCUGCCAAUACUAGAACGUUCUAAAUAAAAAUACAAAAAACAGUUUGAAAAAUGGUAGUAUUGCUCUAUAUUUGCCUAACAUGAUUGUUUUGAGGGAACAAAACUUGGAAAUGCUCAUUCUAGAAUAUUAACUAUAAAACAUUAUUCAUAGCCACAUGUCAGCAUACAGACUUUUGCCAUAGUCCAUACAUUAGUUGUGAUACUCUGCAGAGGAAAAAAAAAAAAACUUCAUUAUAGUUUUUCAUCUUUACUUCCACCUUCUUGUAGAACUCAAUUCUUUAUAAUUUUUAAAACAAUUCAGUACUUUAAGAAUGCUUUGAAUGGCAUUGCAUUUGGAAUAUAGAAAAAUCAAUCCAUUUAACAGAUGAGUAUAGUCAAGUCUGCUAGAUGUUUGCUUUACAAAUAGCAACUGGAUCACAGUUUGUUAUAUUUAAUUAAAUAUGAACAUUUUCUUUUUCAUAUUACCUUAGUCAAAACAAAACCACCGUCAAAAAUAUACUGAAAUUUUUACUUUAGUUAAUAAGUCUAAUAAUUGCAAGCCUGCUUUUUGCUCAGUGGUUUCUGAAGGUAUGAACAUAUGCUGAGUUUUAAAGUAAUUUUACUGAGAUGUUUGCUUAUUAAAUGUUUCCAGGACAAUCUUCGUGGAAAUUAUAAAUAUUUUAGGGAUAAAAGGCCAAAUGGCAGAUAGUCUAUUUAUUUAAAUAAAACAAAACUCUCACAUUUAAUUUUUUAAGCAUCUAUUUUGUUACUUAACAGUAUUUUAACAAGAAAUAACUAUUGAAUGUACACUAAAAAAUAACAUUUAGGCCAGGAAUUAACAGCAUUGGAAAAGAAACAAAAACAUUCAUGGAAACUUUUAUCCAACAAGAAGGUAGUUAUUUAAAAAACUUUGUUUUAAAUUGAAAAAAAUUUCUGUAAUUACUGUCAGACAUGAUAUUUGAUAGAAAAAAAAAAUGAGGAUACAUGUCUUUCUCAUUUGGCACCACUAAAGUGUUAGCUAUAUGAAACAAAUCGAAAAACUAGUGAGGAAAGGUGUAUUAACUAUAAUGGGGAGUUUUAAAGACUGAUUCUUACCAGGAGGUUGCCUCAAAAUCACCAUAAAUCUUCUUUAAAAUGCAGGUGCCUCUGUCUCCCCUCCUUUCAGGCCCCCUGAAAUGUAGAUUUUUUGCAGGUCCCUCCUUGAUUCACAUGGACACACUCCCCUGCCUGCCCAAUCUCUGUCUUUAGCAGAAUUCUCUCUCAUUCAGAGAGCUCACUGAAUCCUCUCAUAGACCUCAUCUCUGACAAGCUGCCAGAUGCUGGUCCAGAGAAUGGCCUGAGUGGCACUGCUCCUCAGUGUGGAGUAUGAUGUGCAGUCGAUUUUGAGUGCGCAUACAGACUAUGCUUUUACACAAAAGGUCAGUUAGGUUCCCUUACACAGACUUGGUUUCAUCUUUUCAUUUGAGUUGUAAUUGACAGUUUUAGAGAUACAAUCUGACUCAUUCAUGUAUAUUAUAACUUGAUCACAAUUCUAAAUCAAGUUAAUGUCCACAAUUACAAAGCUUGUUAUGUAUAGUUUUUAUAGGAUGUUUAUAAGAUCAGAAACUAAUACAGAACUUUUAAACAUUUUUUCUAAAACCACAUAAACUAGAAUAUUGGUUCGAUUCUAAACUAUAGAUUUUAAUGUACUUAUCAAGUAAAACCUAGCAACCAGUUUUCUCUAUGAAAGAUGAGCUAUCAAAGGAUAUUUUUUCUUCCCUGAUUGUUGUCUUAUAUGACUGACUCUAUCAUUUGUACUUUCUUAAAUUAUUAGCCUCUGCAGAAAUGGUUCUGCUUUGCAGAGAAGUUACUAAUUUAUACCAAAGCAUUAGUUACUGCUCUCAGAAAACUGAGAAACCCAAAGGGGAUGGGGGGAAUGGAAAAAGCAUUGCCUUAGAGAAAAUGCUUCAGGCAAAUGUUGCUGUAGCUUCUCUCAAAUCCCUGCAGUAGCAUACCCUUGGGUUCUGUUGCACUCACCAAAAUGAAAUCUGCUCUUGAGCACAUAUAAUACUUGAAAAUAUUGAUAAAAAUCUCAAUGUUCUUUAUGGAAUCCAUUCAAAGAGUCAGUUCUAAAGGAUGAUAUAGCACCAAUAUGUUUCAACCUAAAGACCACUUGGAUUCAGAAGCAGUCACCUUGCUGGCUGUUAGGAAAUAGUGCAGGUUCAUCAUCUAAAACUUUUGAUUCCUGACUGAAUUGUGAUUUGUGCUUGCAUGUGCAUCUGAAGGUUAAAAUGAUAUAAAUCCUCUACAGACAAUGUAAAUCAUGUAACAGAUUUAGCAUAUAAAAGAUUUAAGAUUAAGAUAUCAAGAUAUUUAAGCUAUUUUUAACACUGUAGGAAACUUUCAUCUCCCCCUGCGUCUCCCAACCGUGAAAUCAAGGUAAGAUAUUUUCAUGUGAGGAAAGAUAAAUCUCAGUGGCUUGUUUCAAAUUUUAAUAAAUUCAACUGGGCCUUAGUGCAUAAUUCGCUAACCUGCCAGGAGUUUUUCAAAGUAAUGGUCAGAUUUGAAAAACAAUUGUCAUUAUUUAUUUGACAGGGAGAAUUGUGCUUCUCCAAGGAACAAGUCGGGGUCUGGUAAUGCUUAUGUGUUCAUAGUUCAGGUGCAUAGAAUAUACAAGUGAAGUCAAAGUAUUUUGGAUGAUUUGUAUCUUUCUGUAACCACUUUUUUUGCCAAUAAAAUGUUUGUCAUAA